AUGGUUGAAGAACCAACAAUUGGUAUGAUGUUUGAUUCUGAAGAAGAGGUUUUUUCAUAUUAUAAGCAAUAUGCUAAGCAAGUAGGUUUUGGUGUGACAAAAAGAUCUCGUAGACUUGGAGAUGAUGGAAAUGUAAGAUAUUUCACCAUUGCAUGUCUUCGUGAGGGCAAGUCAAAAAGCAAAGCAUCUAAUAUAGUUAGGCCAAAACCAAUGGAGAGAAUGGGGUGCAAGGCAAAGAUCAAUGCAAAAGUAAGUCUAGAUGGAAGAUUUACAUUGUCUAGUGUCGUGCUUGAACACACUCAUGUAGUUAGCCCAAGCAAGACAAAAUAUUUUAGAUGCCAUAAGAAGUUAAAUUCUCGUGUGAAAAGAAAGCUUGAACAACUAGAUGAUGCUGGAGUCCGUCCGAGUAAAAAUUACAAAGCUCUUGCUAUUGAAGCGGGUGGGUAUGAUAAUCUUCCAUUUGGAGAGAAAGAUUGUAGAAAUUACAUUAACAAAGUAAGGAAUGAGUUACUUGGAGAAGGAGAUGCAGAAGCAUUGCGUAACUAUUUAAUGAGAAUGCAACAAAAAAAUGACCGUUUCUUUUAUGUCAUAGACAUUGAUGAAGAAAGCCGUUUGAAAAAUGUGUUUUGGGCAGAUGCACGAAGUAGGGCAGCAUAUGAAUCUUUUGGAGACGUCAUAACAUUUGACACUACAUACUUGACUAAUAAAUACAAGAUGUCGUUUGCACCUUUUGUUGGAGUGAAUCACCAUGGUCAAUCCAUACUUUUUGGGUGUGGGUUACUAUCAAAUGAGAAUACCGAUACUUUUGUGUGGUUGUUCGAAACAUGGUUGAAAUGCAUGUCAGACCGAGCUCCAAAUGCAAUUAUAACUGAUCAAGAUAGAGCUAUGCAAGCUGCAAUUCGGAGAGUAUUUCCAAGAGCUAAUCAUAGAUUUUGUUUAUGGCAUAUAAUGAGCAAAGUUCCGCAUAAGCUUGGAUCUUAUUCUCAAUAUGAAAACUUUAAGGGUGCUCUAUUAAAUUGCGUAUAUGACUCUUUGACUUGUGAUGAAUUUGAAACAAGAUGGCAACAAGUAGUUGAGAAAUAUAAUCUUCAAGAGAAUGCAUGGCUAUGUCAAUUAUAUGGAGAGCGGCAUCAAUGGGUACCGGCAUAUGUGAAAGGUAUAUUUUGGGCCGGAAUGUCCACUACACAACGAAGUGAGAGUAUGAAUGCCUUUUUUGAUGGUUAUGUGGGGCCAAAGACUCCGUUGAAGAAAUUUGUUGGGGAUUAUGACAAUGCUUUGAUGAGAAUGGUGGAGAACGAGCGUCUAGCUGAUUUUGGUUCGUACAAUAAAAUGUUUCCACUUAUAACUCUUCAUUCUAUUGAGCGUCAACUUCAAGCUAUUUACACAAAUGAAAAGUUCAAAGAAGUUCAAGAAGAGUUUAGGGGAUUCAUGAUGUGUUUGCCAUCCUUACUAAAAUGCGAAGGUGCGAUUUCUACAUAUGAAGUUAUUGAUCGUGUAAGAGUUAGUGGUGACUUCAUAAAAGAAGUAAAAUAUUGUGUUUACUUUAAUGACACUGAAUGUGAGGUACAAUGCACUUGUAGAUUGUUUGAAUUCAGAGGAAUCAUGUGCAGGCAUGCCCUUAUUGUUCUUACCUUGGUGAAAGAUGUGAAAGAGUUGCCAUCCAAAUAUAUUCUUGACCGAUGGAGGAAGGACUUGAAACGAAAAUAUACUUUUGUUAAAAGUAGUUAUGACGAUUUGAGUGGCAAUCCUAAAGCACAAAAAUAUGAUGAUUUAUGCAAUGAUUUUUCUGAAGUAGCAUUUCUCGCGUCAGAUUACAAUGAAACCUAUAUGACAAUGAAGGCUUGUAUACGUAAGUUAAAGGAGGAAUUGCUUUGUAAUGGGUUAAGAAGUGAAAGCAGUUUGAGUAGUGCACCUUCUCUUCACAUUCCGGGUGCAUAUUCGAUUUGUAAUGAAGCAACUGAUGGGAGGUAUCAGAAAUGUAACAAGUUGCGGAGUCCUUUAGUUGCAAAAAGUAAAGGAAAGCCCUCGUCAACACGAAAGCAAUCCAUUGUAGAAAAAGUUGUUAGAAAGUUAAAAUUAACGAAGGUGAAGAAAUGA